AUGUCUGCUCAAAACAAGAUUCUCCGAACUGCUAAUGCCCCUCGAACCAGCCCCGAUGAAAUCGAGCUCCAGGUUGCCCAAGCCAUCCUCGAUCUCGAAACCAACGUCCCUGACUUGAAGGCCGACUUACGUCCUCUUCAGAUUAGUGCUGCUCGAGAAGUCGAUGUCAAGGGUGGGCGCAAGGCCAUUGUCAUCUUCCUCCCUGUUCCUCAAGUCAAGGCUUUCCACAAAGUCCAAGGCCGACUUACCCGAGAGCUCGAGAAGAAAUUUUCUGACAGACACGUUGUCUUCAUUGGACAACGCCGUAUGAUGCGAAAGCCCAGCCGAGGAACCAAGCAGAAACAACAAAGGCCUCGAUCCCGUACCUUGAAGGAAGUCCAUGAACGUAUCUUGGAAGAUCUCGUCUAUCCCACCGAGAUCACUGGCAAGCGUAUCCGUUUCCACACCGAUGGAUCCAAGGUUAUCAAAGUGUUCCUUGACUCGAAGGACGCCACCUCAUUGGAAUACAAGCUUGAUUCCUUCUCUUCAGUGUACCACCGUCUUACCGGAAAGACCGUACACUUCGAGUUCCCUCCUGUCCAAGAAAUCUAA